GGAGCUUGCAGUGAGCCGAGAUCGCGCCAUUGCACUCCGGCCUGGGCAACACAAAGAGACGCAGUCUCAACUUCCAACAAAGGAUUUCAUUGCUUUAGGAAUCGAGGUGUGGCUAAGUUUUUACCUGGGAGCAAAGGUGAUGCAAGCGUUUCUGGUGAGACCUACCCUUGGUUUAGGGUGGGGAGGGACCGCAUAACAGACCAUCUGUAGACUCCUUUGGAAAGCAGCAGAGACGCUGCAGAGGGCUUUUCUUAGACAUCAUCUGCAGACGGCUGGCAGGAUAGAAGCAGCGGCUCACUUGGACUUUUUCACCAGGGAAAUCACAGACAAUGAUGGGGCUCUUCCCCAGAACUACAGGGGCUCUGGCCAUCUUCAUGGUGGUCAUAUUGGUUCAUGGAGAAUUGCGAAUAGAGACUAAAGGUCAAUAUGAUGAAGAAGAGAUGACUAUGCAACAAGCUAAAAGAAGGCAAAAACGUGAAUGGGUGAAAUUUGCCAAACCCUGCAGAGAAGGAGAAGAUAACUCAAAAAGAAACCCAAUUGCCAAGAUUACUUCAGAUUACCAAGCAACCCAGAAAAUCACCUACAGAAUCUCUGGAGUGGGAAUCGAUCAGCCGCCUUUUGGAAUCUUUGUUGUUGACAAAAACACUGGAGAUAUUAACAUAACAGCUAUAGUUGACCGGGAGGAAACUCCAAGCUUCCUGAUCACAUGUCGGGCUCUAAACGCCCAAGGACUAGAUGUAGAGAAACCACUUAUACUAACGGUUAAAAUUUUGGAUAUUAAUGAUAAUCCUCCAGUAUUUUCACAACAAAUUUUCAUGGGUGAAAUUGAAGAAAAUAGUGCCUCAAACUCACUGGUGAUGAUACUAAAUGCCACAGAUGCAGAUGAACCAAACCACUUGAAUUCUAAAAUUGCCUUCAAAAUUGUCUCUCAGGAACCAGCAGGCACACCCAUGUUCCUCCUAAGCAGAAACACUGGGGAAGUCCGUACUUUGACCAAUUCUCUUGACCGAGAGCAAGCUAGCAGCUAUCGUCUGGUUGUGAGUGGUGCAGACAAAGAUGGAGAAGGACUAUCAACUCAAUGUGAAUGUAAUAUUAAAGUGAAAGAUGUCAACGAUAACUUCCCAAUGUUUAGAGACUCUCAGUAUUCAGCAAGUAUUGAAGAAAAUAUUUUAAGUUCUGAAUUACUUCGAUUUCAAGUAACAGAUUUGGAUGAAGAGUACACAGAUAAUUGGCUUGCAGUAUAUUUCUUUACCUCUGGGAACGAAGGAAAUUGGUUUGAAAUACAAACUGAUCCUAGAACUAAUGAAGGCAUCCUGAAAGUGGUGAAGGCUCUAGAUUAUGAACAACUACAAAGCGUGAAACUUAGUAUUGCUGUCAAAAACAAAGCUGAAUUUCACCAAUCAGUAAUCUCUCGAUACCGAGUUCAGUCAACCCCAGUCACAAUUCAGGUAAUAAACGUAAGAGAAGGAAUUGCAUUCCGUCCUGCUUCCAAGACAUUUACUGUGCAAAAAGGCAUAAGUAGCAAAAAAUUGGUGGAUUAUAUCCUGGGAACAUAUCAAGCCAUCGAUGAGGACACUAACAAAGCUGCCUCAAAUGUCAAAUAUGUCAUGGGACGUAACGAUGGUGGAUACCUAAUGAUUGAUUCAAAAACUGCUGAAAUCAAAUUUGUCAAAAAUAUGAACCGAGAUUCUACUUUCAUAGUUAACAAAACAAUCACAGCUGAGGUUCUGGCCAUAGACGAAUACACGGGUAAAACUUCUACAGGCACGGUAUAUGUUAGAGUACCCGAUUUCAAUGACAAUUGUCCAACAGCUGUCCUCGAAAAAGAUGCAGUUUGCAGUUCUUCACCUUCCGUGGUUGUCUCCGCUAGAACACUGAAUAAUAGAUACACUGGCCCCUAUACAUUUGCACUGGAAGAUCAACCUGUAAAGUUGCCUGCCGUAUGGAGUAUCACAACCCUCAAUGCUACCUCGGCCCUCCUCAGAGCCCAGGAACAGAUAGCUCCUGGAGUAUACCACAUCUCCCUGGUACUUACAGACAGUCAGAACAAUCGGUGUGAGAUGCCAGGCAGCUUGACACUGGAAGUCUGUCAGUGUGACAACAGGGGCAUCUGUGGAACUUCUUACCCAACCACAAGCCCUGGGACCAGGUAUGGCAGGCCGCACUCAGGGAGGCUGGGGCCUGCCGCCAUCGGCCUGCUGCUCCUUGGUCUCCUGCUGCUGCUGUUGGCCCCCCUUCUGCUGUUGACCUGUGACUGUGGGGCAGGUUCUACUGGGGGAGUGACAGGUGGUUUUAUCCCAGUUCCUGAUGGCUCAGAAGGAACAAUUCAUCAGUGGGGAAUUGAAGGAGCCCAUCCUGAAGACAAGGAAAUCACAAAUAUUUGUGUGCCUCCUGUAACAGCCAAUGGAGCCGAUUUCAUGGAAAGUUCUGAAGUUUGUACAAAUACGUAUGCCAGAGGGACAGCGGUGGAAGGCACUUCAGGAAUGGAAAUGACCACUAAGCUUGGAGCAGCCACUGAAUCUGGAGGUGCUGCAGGCUUUGCAACAGGGACAGUGUCAGGAGCUGCUUCAGGAUUCGGAGCAGCCACUGGAGUUGGCAUCUGUUCCUCAGGGCAGUCUGGAACCAUGAGAACAAGGCAUUCCACUGGAGGAACCAAUAAGGACUACGCUGAUGGGGCAAUAAGCAUGAAUUUUCUGGACUCCUACUUUUCUCAGAAAGCAUUUGCCUGUGCGGAGGAAGACGAUGGCCAGGAAGCAAAUGACUGCUUGUUGAUCUAUGAUAAUGAAGGCGCAGAUGCCACUGGUUCUCCUGUGGGCUCCGUGGGUUGUUGCAGUUUUAUUGCUGAUGACCUGGAUGACAGCUUCUUGGACUCACUUGGACCCAAAUUUAAAAAACUUGCAGAGAUAAGCCUUGGUGUUGAUGGUGAAGGCAAACAAGUUCAGCCACCCUCUAAAGACAGCGGUUAUGGGAUUGAAUCCUGUGGCCAUCCCAUAGAAGCCCAGCAGACAGGAUUUGUUAAGUGCCAGACUUUGUCAGGAAGUCAAGGAGCUUCUGCUUUGUCCGCCUCUGGGUCUGUCCAGCCAGCUGUUUCCAUCCCUGACCCUCUGCAGCAUGGUAACUAUUUGGUAACGGAGACUUACUCGGCUUCUGGUUCCCUCGUGCAACCUUCCACUGCAGGCUUUGAUCCACUUCUCACACAAAAUGUGAUAGUGACAGAAAGGGUGAUCUGUCCCAUUUCCAGUGUUCCUGGCAACCUAGCUGGCCCAACGCAGCUACGAGGGUCACAUACUAUGCUCUGUACAGAGGAUCCUUGCUCCCGUCUAAUAUGACCAGAAUGAGCUAGAAUACCACACUGACCAAAUCUGGAUCUUUGAACUAAAGUAUUCAAAAUAGCAUAGCAAAGCUCAC